AUGGAUAUUGAUGCGUUUCUGCCUGUGGACACGCUCCUGGAAAUAGUGCGAAAAAAGGACGAUCCCAUUACCUUCGAAAGUGUCAUCACGCCUACUAAUGAUUCAGGUGAGACGGCUGGAAGAAGUUCAGGAACUCAGAAGGUGGCAGCGAGAAUGGAGAUUGGAAGUGGCAGCAUCUGCCGGCCGAAAGGACACUUGAAUCGCGAACAUCCCCUUGUUCCGUAA